GAGGGGAAACCAAAGAAUUAUGGAAUUCACUGUCAUUGAAAGAUUAGGACACAAAAUAAAGCAAGGAUACAAAACAGAAAGAUUUCAAGAUCUCGUCCGCUGUGGUCUUCAACAACAGCCUUUCCUUGAAUAGACUCACUUGUGUGGCAGAAAGGAUUUUUUUUUUCUCCUACAAAAAAAUAGCAAAGAAGGAUGAGGUCAUGGGACCGUAGUUUUAAGUCAGGCUCGUGCAAGUCAUAUGAGCGCUGGAGCAUUUAAAAAAAAAAAAGGAGCCGCAAACAGAUGCAAGGCUGCAGGACGGUCAGGCAGGAAAGAUGGAGGCUUGGGUUUCGGCAACCGGUGCCUGGAGAGACGCUUGCUGUUGCUGCUUGCCCGCCAAAGCAGAGGAGGACCCUCCAGUAGAACACGAGAGCCCACUGGAACCUCCCGCCAUUGAGCUCGAUGAUGUGGGAGACUCUGCCUUUCCCUCCGGUCCCAUCCAGCCCCAGUGGUUCCACACACUGCAGGUGAGGAGGCUGCGGGUCCAAAGGACAAGAAGCAACAGUGACCCGCUGGGAGGGAAGAGCUUUGAACAAGAGUUCCAAUGGAGAACUGGCCUUAAGUUUGGCACAGCCACAUCCUACUUGAACCUGGAGAAGCUUGGAGAAGGAUCCUAUGCCACUGUGUACAAAGGGAUCAGCCGAAUAAACGGCCACCUGGUUGCACUGAAGGUAAUCCGAAUGAAGACAGAAGAAGGGGUACCCUUCACAGCCAUUCGAGAAGCGUCCCUGCUAAAGGGCCUAAAACACUCCAACAUUGUUCUCCUCCAUGACAUCAUCCACACACGGGAGUCCCUCACUUUUGUCUUCGAGUAUGUGCAAACCGAUCUAGGACAGUACAUGGUUCAGCACCCGGGAGGACUUCACUCCUACAAUGUUAAGCUUUUCCUGUUCCAGCUGCUCCGAGGGCUUUCCUAUAUUCAUCGUCAGAGGAUUCUGCAUCGAGACCUAAAGCCCCAGAACCUGCUCAUCAGCUACCUGGGAGAACUUAAGCUCGCAGACUUCGGUUUAGCACGCUCAAAGUCAGUCCCUAGUCAAUCCUAUUCCUCGGAAGUGGUGACUCUCUGGUACAGGCCUCCUGAUGUCUUACUGGGAGCUACAGACUACUCCACUGGACUAGACAUAUGGGGAGCAGGAUGCAUAUUCAUUGAGAUGCUCCAAGGAUCCCCUGCUUUCCCAGGGGUCGCAGACAUCUUUGAACAGCUUCAGAAGAUCUGGGCGGUAUUGGGAGUACCCACUGAAGAAACGUGGCCUGGAGUCAGUGAAUUGCCAAAUUACAAGCCAGAAUGGUUCCUACCCUGUGAGCCAAGAAUGUUCCGGAACGUUUGGAAAAGACUGGGACAGCUGCCCUACAAGGCGGAGGACCUGGCCCAGAAGCUGCUGCAUAGUGUCCCCCAGGACCGGCUGCCUGCCCAAGAAGCCCUCCAGCACGAGUACUUCGGCAGCCUUUCCCCGGCUCUACUGCAGCUGCCUGACACUGUGUCCAUCUUUAAGGUCCCUGGAGUCAGACUGGAGACGGAAAUUCGGGACAUUUUCAGUCCAGGGAGGAAGAGCAGACCUGCUCUGGCACCGCUCACUAAAUGCUGGUAACUGCCACUGAUCUCUUGUGGCCAGAAGAUCUUCUGGAAAUUAUCACACAAAAUCACCAUCUUCACUCUGGGUUACCAUCACAUCAGACCCUUUUAGAUAAGUAUCUUCUCCAUAAAAAGGGUGAAAACCACAGAAUGGACAAGACAUUUCAGCCUGGGGAAGAACUCCCGGUCGAAGUUUCCUGGGGAUUCCAAAAAAAAAGAAAGAAAAUGCUUUCCCAUUUCAUGUAGACACAGUAUAUGAAACAGUGGUCACGUUGAAAAGAGAGAUGAAAGAGUGGUCACGUUGAUUAAGAGACUUUUUCCAUAGUUAAUGUGGGCUCUUAAGAUUUGGUCCUUCUGAGUGUUUUGAAUUCAGAGUGCUUAAGAAAAGAAUACCAUGCCCACGUCACUAAAAAUCUGAUUUUGUUCCUCCUUCUUAUGGAAAAUAUCAACUUGCAUGCUCUCAAUGAUUCUUCUCUUUUCAUUUGUUAAUUUGUGGUAAAGAUUGACUGACAAGCCUGUUGUUUAGGGCUCAGUUUAAAAAAGCAUCUGUAGGCGUAAACACUUCAGAAAGUUCAUGGGUGUUUUUGUGUCUGUAUCUCUUUAAAAAGUGAACCCUUAAAUUGCUGUGCCUGUUUCAUGUCAGCAUAUGGGGUCGCCAGCAGUUUGCAUGCUCUGAAGCUCUCCAGUAACAACAUUGGUCACUGGGUUGGUGGAAAUGUCAGCGUUUGGCAUUUUUUAGGACACAAUGCUUUUAGGAGUGGUCGCAAGGCUCAAACAGAGGGAAAAAAAAGGACUGACAAGGAUUCUUAAAGAAUUCUUAAAGAAAGGAUUCUUAAUUUGAAAACAAUGAUGCUCAUUGAGCCUCAUCAUCUUGUGGUGGUGCAAAAGAAGCAAAGAUGCAAAAGAUGAAUGUGAAGAAAAUAGGCUUACAUAUGGAAUUUAUUUUCUGCAGGAAAUGACUGCAGGAAUGAUUACAAGUCAGUGCAGCUGAGGUGAAAGCGAACUUGGUUCCUGCUUUCUCUCCAGUGCGUUCAUUGUAAACUCCAAUAAAUGUUCAGGAACAACUCUGUAUAGUUUUCACUGCUACAGUUUUCCGAUUAUGAGGGAAAUGAAGCUUAGGUUAAUACAUCACCAUAAAAAAACCCCUCAAAAGUUAAACACCUUUUUCAGCACUCAUUUUCUGAGGAAGAACUGAAGUUUAAGAUUAAACUUUUGGAGGAGGUCAAACCAUCACCUUUCCAACUUUUGCUCAGUUAUAUAAAAAUAUUCUCCAAGUGGGAUUCUAUCUUAUCUCUCAUAAGUUGGGGGAGUCCAACAUACUUGUGCUUACGGUCAGGCUCUCAAGUGAAGACAAUAAAUCAACUGAACUACUUAAUUCUGACUUUAAAAAAUGUACGAAAUGCAACAGAGCAGCAGUACCAACAAUAUAAAGUGGUUUGUGCUGACGUGUAAAUGACCUAUGAAAAAGUUCUGUAGGACUAAAAAAACCUGUAAGACAAAACAAUUACAGAUUCCUGUAAACAUCCUAUAGGGUUAUCAGUGAAUCUAGAGUAGAGAAUUGUGCAAUACUUCUUCUUUAACAAAUAAAUAAAGGAUUCUUUUUUGGUCACUUUGGUCCUAUGCAAACUCUCAAUAGCUCUGCUGAUGUCAUCAGAGAAGCAGUGGUUCUGUUUUUAGGUAGACAAAUCAUUGCAACCUUAUGGGGAAGUGAGGCCUAAAUUUGGGCUUAUAAUAAUGAGUUUAAAGAAAGUGAAAAAGAAAGCUUGGGCACUGCUUGAUUGUAUCAUGAUUGCAAACUCUAUGGAUUUCAAGAAACCAAAAAUGAAAAUCCCUUUACAAAGUCUUAAGGUUUUUGGUAAUGAGACUCGAGUCCAACAGGACAUGAAGCUAACUUUGGUGGACAUCAAAAAUGAAUCACCAAGCAUUAAUAUUGGCUUGGCAUUCAGUGAAAUGCAGAGCCUGAAACUGCCUGAAACAGGCAUUGAGCAUUAUUACAUUGAGCAGUCAUUAUAUACUUGACUGCUCAAUGUAAUAAUUGGGUCUAAACUGUAUAUUAGAUUAGAAUAAGUCUCUGACAAUCCCUAAAUAAACGCUUUCAGCUACAAGAGGAAAAUACUGAAGGCUGCUGAUUCCCUUAAAUGAACAAAAAAUGCUUUAACAUUUUAAAGGAAACCAGAACACAAAAUAUUUUGUAGAUUCUAUUGGUACUGUAUCUUAACCAAUAAAAACAGUCGUUCAGAGUGUUGGUUGAGCUCUAUCAUGCAAAUGUUGUUAGUUCAGGACUGGGUCAGUGGGACCAUGUUGGUUGUGACCAGGAGUCACCAAACGUCUGAACAUAAAUUAAUAGUUCUGUGCUGUUUUGACUAUCUAGCCAAAAGCAACUUCUGUGUAAUGUCGGUUGUGACCCAGGCAGAGUGGAGCUUUCAACAUGAUAAAUGGCAAAGGGAUCUGGUUGCGUGUGUGUGUUACAGCAGCAUGUCAACAUUUUUCAUUACAGUGUAAGUGUAAGAGGUCCUGAAAAUCGAUCACAGCCAAGCAACUGGCAUAAGGCAGGGUGCGCCCUGGACUGGACGCCAGUCCAUCGCAGUUGGUAAAUCCAAAUUAAGGGCAAAAAAUAAUUUACAGAUUUAUUUAGAUUGAACUCUUUGGUCAUUGAAUGAUUUCUGAGAGAGAGUGGGAAUGGAUUGCAUGAGAAACCAGUGUGUAUUUUAAAGUUAUACUUUCCCUCCUCGUAGAAAAACACCCACAAUAAUUUUUUUCUACCUGGUUUAUUGAUAAUCUUGGAUAAUAGUUCUGGUGCUUAGGCUAAAGAAUAAAAGCAUGAACGAAAAACAUUUAGAUUUUCAAUGCUUUUUCGUAUCUGUAUUUCUUUACAAACUGAGCCAUUACAUUGUUUUUCUUGUUUUAUAUCACCAUACAUGUUUUCCUAAAACUGUGCAAGUGAAUCUCUCCAGUAACCCUGCUCAUCAUUUCUUGAGUUAAUGCUUUUACCAGCCACUGAAGCUAGGAUGAAACUCUCUCAUUAGCUUUGUGUGUGGCAACAAUAUUUGACACAGACAAACAGAAUAUUUGUAGCAUCCCCAUUUUUUUUAGAGGCAUGCAAAUUAUCACAAUACACUCACCCAUUAAAAUUAAUUGCUUUCCUUAACCUAACCUGACACUGUUAAUUAUGUUCUUGGCCUGACCAAGGCCAGAGAAAUGAAACAAUGGGAUGUUAGCAACUUAAAGUUUAGAACUAAACUAUAGUUUAUUUAUUCUGUAUUUAUUAUUAAACUAAAGUUUGUUUAUUUUUUCUGUAUUUAUUCUUUGAACAUGUAUUAUAAUCUUCAAAAAAUGAUUGCUUCUACUUUACUAAAACUGGAGACAGGAACAGCUUUUUUCACAAAUAUACUGUACUUUUUUAAAACGUUUUGCCCUUCAGUGUAAUGGUGCCCUAAAUUUGGACUUGGUUUAGUUUUAAGAGCAGGAUAGAAAUAAUUGUUCUGUGGAUCACUGGAUUAGGCAGUGAUGACAAAUUCUUUGGAGGUCUACUAAACAGAACUCCAGUUUCCCUUGAAAUAAUUAAAUCGAAGAUAACAACUUCAACUCAACAGACAAAAGCUAACUUUGGUUUCCACCAAAAAAAGCAUUACCAAACCAUUCAUAUUGGUUUGGCAAUGAGGUAAUUCAAGAUCUUAAAAUUCCCUAACUGCUCUCAGUAUUAUUAUUAUAUACUUGACUGCCCAAUAUAAUAAUGUUUUUUAACCAUCUAAACCAUUUAUUAAAAUGGAAUAAGUCUGUGGACAAUUCCUACACUAUAGAUUUCUAAACAAUUUUGCCUACUUUCUUCUAAAUAUUUACAAUACUUGUAAAUAUUUAGCAUCUCUGAUUUUGACAUCUAGUUUGCCCUGUUUUGUUUUUUGGUACAGUAAAUGCCUAUGUAAAAGUAGACUAUUGUUAAUUAUUGCAUCACAUGUGAAAUUAAAAUUAAAUAAUAUUUUCUUUGUGAGUUUGUCCUAAAGUGUUGUGUAUGUAGACAAAAUAUGUAUAACUUAAACUUACAUUAAAGGAAUUGUUUUUGGUACGGUGUUAUAUACACAAAGAAUGUAUCCAUUAAAGAAAUAAUAUUGUACUUCCAUGUUUCUCUAAA